UCCACUGCUGCAACAUUUUCCACGACCUUCGCAAUGAGCUCCUCAACGCCCUCGCAGCCCCCGUUAGUUCACGUGAUACGCCAUGGCGAAGCGCUACAUAACGUGGACAAGCGAAAUCGUGACCGAGAUCCACCGCUGACCGAGGCUGGAAACAGAGCAACGAAAGGCAUAAAAGUCUCGACCCCGGAUCUCGUCUUGAUAUCUCCGAUGACACGAACAAUUCAAACGGCAAUGAACUUGUUCCCAGAUCUAGCGGACCAGAGUUCCUCUUCGAUCGCCGUACAGAUCUGGCCUGAUCUCCGCGAAGCUCAUGAUGCUAUUUGCAACAAAGGAGUAGCACGUAAAGACCUUGAGACCAGGUUCCCGCAAUUCGAUUUUUCAGAAUGCCAUGAAACAUGGGAUUACCCGGAAAAUACGGCGGAAAACGCGACUGCACGAGCUCAAAGGGUCAGGCUCAGGCUACAGGAGCUGUCGAAGACGUACGCUAAUAUCGCGGUAAUCACGCACAGAGGUUUCAUCGCGUAUCUUGUGAAAGGACGACGUUUUGACGUUUGCGAGAGACGCUCGUAUCGUUUUGCGACUGAAAAGGAGGAGAAUGAUGAUGAUAUCAGGAAAGGAAAACAUUGUGAGACACUGAUGGAGCAGAAUUUCGGACCUAAUGUUCUUAUCUUGCACAAAAGAAAAGCAGACUGGGAAAUUGCGCGCGACAAUUUCUGAUGCAUUCUUGAUCGUAAAAAUCUAAAAACGAGCUACCCAUGACCUCUAAAGAACUCCGAGAUGAAAGAAAUAAAAGAUUACCAUAAGACAAGCACAAUUUCCC